AUUUAGCCGGGCUGCAGCACAAACAUGUCCCAGACGUCCCACAUGUCCCAGACGUCCCACAUGUCCCACAUGUCCCACAUGUCCCACAUGUCCCACAUGUCUCGGGCGCAGAGUCUGAGGGCGCUCGUGAGCGCGCGGCUGAGCGCGGCCGCGGAGGAGAUCUGCGCGCUCCUGGAGAGGACCGUAGAGGAGUACGAGCACGAGCUCAGCCGCGUCAGGGAGACCCGAGGACACGGGACACCGGGGACGGGACACGGGACACCGGGGACGGGACACGGGACACCGGGGACGGGACACGGGACACCGGGGACGGGAGCGGAGGAGCAGCGGGAGCCGGAGCUGAGCCGCUUCAAGAACAUCCACAAAGGACAACGACGAGGACUGGAGACACACGAGCCUCAGAGACACAGGACAGGUGUUGAGAUUGUGUCUCUGACUGAGGAGCUUCCCCACAUUAAAGAGGAGCUGCAGGAGGAGCAGGAGGAGCUCCCCCUCGCUCCUGUCACCGUCAAAACUGAAGACGAUGAAGACAAGUCCUCUGUGCUUCACCAAAGACCAACUGAGGAGAACAGAGAGGAAACCAACGGAGCGGAGUGUGGAGCAGACCAGAGACCAUACAGCUGUUCAGACCAGAGACCACACAGCUGUUCAGACAGUGAGGAGCAGAUGGAGGAGCAGAUGGAGGAGCAGAGGGAGGAGGUGCCAAACACGGAGAUGGUGGUGAAGCCGCACAGAUGCCCCGAGUGCGGGAAGAGGUUCCUCCGUAAAGAUCACCUGCAGGGUCACAUGAUCAUUCACACGGGCGAGCGGCCACACAAAUGCUCCUUCUGCGAGAAAACCUUCAUCCGACAGAACCACCUGAAGACGCACCUGAGGAACCACACGGGCGAGAGACCUUACAGCUGUCCAUUCUGUAACCGCGGCUUCACCACCAAAGCCCUGCUCACUCCACACAUGAGGAUCCACACCGGGGACAGACCUUUCAGGUGUUCAGAGUGUGACAAAGGCUUCAUCCAGAGGAGCCACCUCAAAGCCCACGAGAAAACACACAGCAGAGAGAAGACUUUCAGCUGUUCAAUCUGCCGACAGGCGUUCUACGAGCGCGGUGACCUCAUGAUCCACUCCCGACAGGCGCACCCCGAGUGACGGGCGCUCCCCGAGUGACGGGCGCUCCCCGAGUGACGGGCGCUCCCCGAGUGACCAUCAUAAAUAUUUCCUGCGUGGAUGUGGACCGUAGACAGUGGACGUGGACAGUGGACAGUGGACAGUGGACGUGGACAGUGGACAGUGGACAGUGGUUGUGGACAGUGGACAGUGGACAUGGACAGCUCACUAUUUAUAAAAACUUUUUUCUAAACAGUGAGUUAUA